AUGGAGCUUCAAACUAGCUUUGUUCAUUCAAGCUGUCUCUUUUUUCUCUCAGUCCAUACUAUCCUCUUCAUGUUCAUAUACUUAUCUUUUCCACAGUGUGCUUCAGCAGGCAUACUUGGGAAUCAAACAGACAAACUUGCAUUACUUGAUCUUAAGUCCCAAAUAACUGAAGAUCCACAAGGACUCAUGGAUUCUUGGAAUGCUACUCUCAAUGUCUGCCAAUGGCCUGGUGUUACAUGUGGCCAUAAACAUCAAAGGGUCAUUACUUUAGAUCUCAAAGACCAUAGAUUGGCUGGCACUAUAUCACCUAGCAUUGGCAAUCUUUCAUUUCUUCGAAUUCUUGACAUCUCGGAUAACUCCUUUCAUGGUGUAAUCCCUCCAGAUCUUGGCCAAUUGAUCAGACUUCAAACCAUGAACUUAAGCUUCAACUUCUUGAGAGGUGAAAUCCCUUUUACCCUGUCUCGUUGCGUUAAUGUUGUUAACCUAAUUCUAGACCAUAAUAUCCUUCAAGGACACAUUCCUACUGAACUUGGUUCAUUGACAAAGCUAGAAAUGUUGUACCUCAAGAACAACAAUCUAACAGGAAAUGUUCCGAAUACUGUCGGAAAUCUUACAUCUCUAAGAGAGUUUUACAUUUCCUACAAUGACUUGGAAGGUGAAUUACCUGAAACAAUGACCAAUAUGAGAAGCUUGAUUGAGUUAGGUGUUUCAGUGAACUCUCUGACCGGAGAAUUUCCCCCUGCACUCUACAAUCUUUCAUCUCUUACACUUAUAAGCUUGUCAUUUAACAAGUUCAGAGGCAGACUUAGAACAGAUUUUGGCCCUGCCUUCCCAAAUCUUCAGAGGUUGUAUUUGGCCAACAAUUACUUCACUGGUUCAAUACCAGCUUCAUUGUCCAACUGUUCGGAUCUUCUGCGGCUUGAUAUUCCUAUAAACAAUUUCACAGGAAAUAUACCAUUGAGUUUUGGAAACCUCAAGAAUCUCUUAUGGCUUAAUGUUCUCGAUAACCAACUUGGAAGUGGUGCACCUGAUGAUCUAAAUUUCAUAAAUUCUUUAACCAAUUGCAAAAUGCUUGAGUUCCUGGACAUUGCAAACAACAAAUUUGGAGGAUAA